UGACAUUGCCUGUUAAAUGUUCACCUGGGGUUAAAACUCCUGAUAUAGAAACAGGAAGUAGAAUGACGUUUAGUUUAGUCAGUCAGUCAGUCAAGUGGUAUCUAUUGGACAAGGCGGUCAAGUAGUAUCUUUAGGGCAGUUGAAGCCAGUGGUCUUUUAAAACAUGUUUUUCUAGUAGUUAUUAUUGUUAUAAUCCGUAUUAUAGAGGUUCAUUGUUACCCGCUGAGAUGCUGACGUUAUUUGUAGUCUACUCUGGAGAAUAUUUGAUACCGCUGUUAUGCGGAUGUGAUUGUUUCUUAUGGACAUAUGUAACUGCCAAGAAGUGCAGUAUUAUUAUUGUUAUAAAAAAACUCUAUACUUUAUCUGCUGAAACGGACUUGUGUCAAUCUGUAGUAUCUAUGUUUGUCACGUGUCAGGAGUACUCCAGGAAGCACGAACCCAGCAUUCCACGACAUUCGCGACUCAUUAGUAGUGCACAGUCUCAUGUUUAAUAGUAAUAUUAAAAUAUACAUACAGUGCAUAUAAAGUUUGCAAAGAUGUUUUAUUUUGCAACAAAAAUUCAAACCAUUCAGAAUUUUAAGUAAGUAAAAGUGACAUUUUUGUCACAGAAAUUUGCCUCAUGGGCUUUUAUAAAGACAUUAAAACUGCAACGAUUAAGCGUAUAGAUAAUACGAAAAGAAGUCUAUCUUUGAAGGAGAACAUUCAAUCAUUAUACGUAAAGUAUAUUUCAACUGAUCGAUACAACUUACAAAUAAAGAUUGAGAAUAUUUUAAUGUCUCAAGAUUUUGAAAUCGAACUAAAAACCUUUUCAUUUUUGGUUUUUAUUUACAGAUUUAAAGUGAUAUUAAAAGGGCAUUUGGAGCUUUGUAAACACGAAAGCAACGAAUCCGUGUUCUCAUCUCAUCCCUUUGGGGAUCAAGUCAUUCAUGUCUGUUUUCUUACUGACUACACCAUGGACGACAUGGACCAUUGCUUCAUAAAUAACAAAAGAUAUCCAAUAAACGAGUUUGCUUACGACAGAGACAUAUCUGUCAGUGUGGACCAAAUCAAACGUAAUCAUCAAUACUUCCUGCAAAUAUAUCUUCACAACGUCUCGAUCGUUGACCAGAUUUAUGCACUCAAGCUGACACCUAUUUACUAUCAUAGUUUAGUUUAUUCUUUUUACACACAGAUAAAACAAGAGAAAGAUCUUGAACUAGUCAACUGUGACGGUCGUUCAAUGAAAGUGGUCUAUUACACCAGUUUACUAGAAAACCUAACAGUCUGUGCAAAAAUUUUGUUAUCUGGUGAAAAAUAUUCAUGUAUUAAAAGUGCUGACUAUGAAUUGAUAGGAAACGAAGGGCAUGACAAUCAUGAAUUUAAUAAUAUAUUUAUAAAAUUUGGCUCUGGCCAGAUAACUGUAGAUAUAAUUAAUGUUACAGAAUACAAUUUCGGAAGAUAUGAUGUUAGAUUACAUAUGUGUAGAAAUUAUUUUGAGAAAUAUACAUUUUAUUUGGUAUAUAAUGAAGAGCUUCCAAGCUCUGUUUGCAAGAAUGGCACUGUAAACUUUUCCUUACAAACACAACCUGAGGAAGAAGUCUCUUUGUGUUUCAAAAGUUUUGGAGGCAUCGACAGAAGUAUUUUAAUCAAUAACAGAAGUGUACCUAUAACUUCACCAAUGUCUAGGCAUCGCAAUGUUGAAAGCAAUGGUUUCACAGUGUUCAGUAGAUGGAUCAAGAAAUGGAGAACACAUUACAUUCAAAUAUACAUGCCUACGGCUAAUUUGAAUUAUGUCCAUAUUGAACAAACCUUAAGCAACAGGGUCCUGGUCUAUAAACUGAUUCCAGUUAUUAAUGAAUACACUGAAUACAAUAUUACUCGUGAAGGUAAGCAUACUAUGAUUUAAGAAUUUAAAAUUUAUUACUCUACAUUUACAUUACUACGAAUAAAAAAAACAACAGAAUAAACACCCCCACAAAUUACUGUUUUGUAGACAUACAAAAAGCACAAGCAUAAAUUGAUUAUCAUUCUACUUAAAAUCAUUUGUCUAUCUGAAUGUAUCUAAUUGCCCAAUUUCCUCGCAUGUCAAUACAUCAUUUAUGUAUGCUGUUUUGUUUAAGGUAACUAUCUUAAUCAUCCCACAAUUCGGGAUUUGAGCUGCUAUAUAAGUCCUUUAUUUUAAAAUCCCGGCCAUAAAUUAAAGAAAACAUUAAGAAACUGAAUCAGACACAAAAAAGCAGUGACAUUCAUAACAAACGAAUAUUCACAUUUGACUAGAGUAACACCUUUAGUAAAAUCAAUAAAUUUAGAGAAGAUUUAGGAUAAAAGACCUAAAAUUAAAUUAGCAAUUAUACAUAAAACAUUGAACCAAAAUCUUCAAAUACAAAAAGAAAACCUAAUAAAAUUGUCAGAAAGACACAAAGAUAAAGGCACAAUCCUCGUUCCAUAUGCUAGGACAAAUGUGUACAAAUUUUCUUUUAUCCCUUGUGCUAUUAGAGCAUUGAACGGGUUGCCUGAGUCAGCCAACAAAUCCAAUGACUUUGGCAGAAUUAAAGUCAUUGUUUAACAUGCAUGACUAGAUUGAACUAAGGACGUAAUCAUCUUCUUUUUUGAAGUAGCGUCUGUAUUUUAUAAGAAAAGAUACGGAGAACAAGGUUUAACGAUCUGUUAAAGAAUGGUUGUUUUAUUUUUUUUUUGUGGCAAGUUUGAAAAAGUAUGGGAUUUUUAUUUUGUCUCGUAUUGAGGCACCUUUUAUCAUAGCUUUGCUUAGGGCAGUAAUUUCCAAAGAAUUCUAUUUAGACUUUCAGGGGUCAUCGAAUACUUUUAUUUACCUAUGUAAAUGGGGCUCUCUGAUAGUAGAUCGCAAUUAUGCAGUUAAAGACUUAAAUUUUAAUUUCCCAUUAAUGGAAUAAACUGAUACACACAUACACAUAUAUCUUAUCUUAUAUAAUACAUAUAAAUAAUACAUAUAUAGGAUUUGUAUUUUAAGUCCUUAAUCUUUUUAUCAUGUUAAUGGAAUGAAGAAUUAUAUUUUUAAUUUUAAUAACUUAUUUUAAAAGUAUAAUUUUGUCUUGAGAUAAUUUUCAUUCAAUAUGUUCAAAUCUAAAGCUUAUGUAGGUCUAAUACAUAUGUGCUUUAAUUUCACUUUAUUGUAAUAUACAUCAGCAAAUACUGCAUUAGUGUUCUUUCAAAUUAGGGAUGAUCAUUGAGGUCUCAAUGGAGAAAAGAUACAUUUUAGAUGUUAAUGUUCAAUAAUUAAUAUUUUAGUACUUUAAAUUACGCAACAAACAAAAAUGCAUGUAGUUUAUAUUCUAGUUAGUUACAUCAUCUGCCCUAUACACCACAAGGUCUAAAAGGGGAACUUUACUUUACUUCACUACUUUUUGUUUUAUAUCAUUUUUUUUUUAAUCAAACUCUUCAUUUUCUCUUUAACAUAUUUGAAAAACAAAUGCACUGGAAUGCAUCAAGCAUGUGUCUUUAAGAUUAUAUUGAUGUAUCUAGGAGUUGCAUAAUACUCAUUCAAAGUAGAGAUAGGCUUGGCCUCUACCAAUGUUAUAGACAAAAGAGUGCGUGUUAGAAGUGGACAACAUCAAGGGACUUCAUUACUUCGAUCUUGAUACUAGAAGAACUUUUUCGUUUAAUGUACCGUGAGCAGGUCUCAAGAUAUGUUUGUGCUAGUUGUUUUGUUUUAACAAAGUAUGUUUUUCGUAUUCCAUACAAAGUUUUCCGGAAUCACUCACAGAAUCACAGGUAAAUUA